AUGGCUAAUGAAUGGGAGCGCCCGCCCGCGCCGGCCAUCCUCUACAGGCGGGCUGUGCCUCCCACAGAUCUCGAGCCCCAGGCCCCAGUCCUGGCGCGCCUUUGCGGGUCGGGGCUGGAGCUGGAGGAGGACGAGGGGCGGGGCCAGGCGGGGUCAGGCCGCGGGGCCGGGAGGGUGGGGUGGGGUGCGGUGGCCGGGGUCGCCGGGACGCGGUGCGCGCUGGGCCGGGGGCGUCUUCGGGGGCGCGGGCGCGGUCUUCCGUGGGGCCUGGACUCCGCCGGGGCCGCCCGCCUCGGCCGCGGAGCCCGCCUCGCUGAGGCCGGCCCGCAACCCCUGGGACCUCCGGCCCGCGCCCCCCCUCCCUCGGGCCCCCCGGCUGACAGCUGGCGCGCCCGGGCCAGGCGGGUCGCGCCCGAGACGGGUUUUCCGGACGGCGGCGCUCUGUUGACGAAACGCCCCGAGCGCCCGAAUGUUGUGUGGCCGGGGCGGGGCCGGCGUGCGCUCCGCCGUCCGCCCCACGCGCUUCGUCCGUCCCCGCGAGGCGCCCGAGAGCCGAGGCGCGCGCGACCGCCCGCGCGUUUCCAGGAAGAGCCGCCGCGGCGGGUCGGGGUGCCGGGAAGCGCGUGUCCGGGAAGCGCGGCCGCCACGGCUCUGAGCAGGCCCGGACUUCGUGGGGAGACGCGAAUCGAGGUUGGGCUUUCUCGUCGCCGUUGUCCCUCCCGGCCGGACUGGAUCGUCCGUGGGUCUCGUUUCGCCCUUUGCGGAUUCCGCGCACCGUUUCUGCGAAGCCGCUUCAGGGCGCGCGGGGCCUCAGGGACUUCAGCGAAGCGGGGUGCCAAUGCCUCGGCAUUAGAGAAAGAGAUUGGUCCAGAACAGUAUCCAGUCAAUGAGCACUAUUUUGGAUUAGUCAAUUUUGGGAAUGCCUGCUACUGUAAUUCAGUUCUUCAAGCACUUUAUUUUUGUCGUCCAUUUUGGGAAAACGUUCUAGCAUACAAGAGUCAACCUAGGAAAAAGGAGAACCUUCUUACCUGCCUAGCAGACCUCUUCCAUAGCAUAGCCACUCAGAAGAAGAAGGUUGGGGUGAUUCCUCCUAAGAAGUUCAUAACAAGAUUACAGAAGGAAAAUGAACUUUUUGACAACUACAUGCAGCAAGAUGCCCAUGAAUUCUUAAAUUACCUACUAAAUACAAUUGCUGAUAUUUUACAAGAAGAAAGAAAGCAGGAAAAACAAAAUGGCCAUUUACCUAAUGGUAAUAUUGACAAUGAGAACAACAACAGCACACCAGACCCAGCGUGGGUUCACCAGAUUUUUCAGGGAACACUGACAAAUGAAACCAGAUGUUUUACUUGUGAAACUAUAAGCAGCAAAGAUGAAGAUUUUUUAGACCUUUCUGUUGAUGUGCAACAAAACACAUCGAUCACUCACUGCUUAAGGGGUUUCAGCAACACAGAAACUCUGUGCAGUGAAUACAAAUAUUACUGUGAAGAAUGUCGCAGCAAACAGGAAGCACACAAACGUGUGCUUUCUGAAAGGAGUUCAAGAAACAGAAGCAAUUUGAGGUUGGGGUUAAACCUGACUCCAUCUUCACUGCAGGAAGCCAAGAGACACGCAAUGAGAGGAAAGACCAUCUUAUCGACACAUGCUGCUGGGAAAAAUGGACAUAAGCUUGCAAAUAAUAACCCUUACCUAACGCCAUAUACAAAAAUUAGCUCCAGUUGGAGCAAGGAUCUCCACAUAAGAGCUACAAUGAUAAAACUCUUAGAAGAAAACAGGACAACAGCUUCAUGAGGUUGGAGUUGGCAAUGACUUCUUGGAUGCAACACCAGAGGCACAGGUGACAGAGUCCACGUGUGCUGAGGACAGAAUGUCCCGUCUGAAGGACAGACAACCUAUCCGAGGUGCUUUUCCCAAGCAUACAGUUUCUACUCUGCAACACGAGGACAAGCCACUUUAAUUGGAAGAAUCACAAAUUGCUGUGUUGAAUCGAACCCGUAUAAUCAUUUGUAGGAACAGAAUCUGAAUACUGGGAAAGCACACCUUGGGAGAGCUAUUGAUCCCUGAGAACCCAGGAGGACUAGCAUCUUGGGAUGAACACCCGGACGGCUAUGAAGAUCAUACUGACCAACUGUGAGGUGUCGGAGGUCUCGCCAAGGCUUCUGCUUCUUCUAGACUCCUCCCAGGAAAGUGAUCACCCAACUAUGCUGUGAUUCGGAGUACAGGGCUUUACAGAGUAGAAAGCCAGGAUGUAGCUUCACGGUUUUCAGCCAUUUUCCCUAACUGAUGUCUGGGAACUCUGAAGCAUUCGGACCCCACCUAGCCUUCUGCGGACCACCGGGAUACUGAGAUCAUGCUGUCACACCUGGGAUAUCACCCCACUUCACCCCUUGAACACUUUUAAGCCAGGAAUGUCCCAGACAGGGGUAGACACCUAAGUGUUUCAAUCAUGCAUCUGUCUGUCGAUGGAAACUUUGCAGUAGGCUCCUUCGGCUAUUAUCCAACCUAUGCCUGUGGACAUCUGAUAGAAAGACAUGCUGGAAUCAUCCAUAUUUUGCAGGGAAGACCAUCCCUGUGAGGCACAAUGGCUUAUCU